CUUGCAAUGGCCUCUCCGGAGAGGAUGCUGCCCGGACCGGCCGCGCUGCUCUGCUGCCUCUGCUCCCUGCUGCUCCCCGCCCACGCCAAGGGCCCAGCCCCCAGCCCCGAGCCCGCCGAGCCCGCUGGUGCCAUCCUGCUGCCCGUGAGCUACCGCCUGUCCAACACCCGCCUGGCCUUCUUCCUCAAGGAGCUGGGAGCCAGCCCGGCGGGCAACGGCAGCGCCCCUCUGCAGCGCUCCGAGCCCUUCGUCGUCUUCCAGACCAAGGAGCUGCCCGUCCUCAACGUCACCCUGGGGCCCUUCAGCACGGGGCUGGUGCUGCCCAAGGAGCACCUGCAGCCCUCCAGCACCCUGGAGGUGCCCGACCGCCUCACCGUCAACUGGAAGGUGCGCGCCUUCAUCGUCCAGCCCCGGCUGGUGGCCAGCCAGCCCGUGGUCCAAGUGCUCUUCUACGUGGCCGGCCGGGACUGGGACGACUUCGACGUGACGGACCGGCUGCCCUGCGUGCGGCUCCACGCCUUCCGCGACGCCCGCGAGCUCAAGAGCUCGUGCCGGCUGCGGGGCAGCCUGGCCAUGUGCCUGGUGCAGGCCGAGCUGCCCCACGCCUGGUUCGGCCCCUCGGCCGCGCCGCUGGGCAGGAGGAAAAACCCCGAGAGCCUGGAGGUGGUGCCGGGGGAGAGCCAGCAGGCCGAGCUGUACUACACCCUGCACGCGCCCGACGGCGCCGGACAGUGCCUCGGGGACGCGGCCGCUCGCCACGGCGCUCGGACCGAGGGUCCCACGCAGCACCCGCUGCUGCGCAUCGGCAGCGUCAGCCUCCUGCAGCCCCCGCCCGGGCCCGCCCUGCAGGAGCAUCACCUGGAUGGAAACGUCUUCAUCCGCCUGCCCGACAAGCCCCUGAAGCCAGGGGAGGUGCUGAGCAUCCUCCUCUACCUGAUGUCCAACUCCACGGUGGAGCACUUCACCCUCAGGGUGAAGGCCAAGAAAGGUGUGAACCUGCUCAGCACCAAGUCCAGGAGCGGGCAGUGGCUGGUGAGCUCGGAGCUGCUGACGGGUGGCAAACACUCCACUGCCACCGUGGACGUGUCCAGGGUGGACGGGGCUGGGCCCAGGGACGGGGACUCCUCCUCUGAGAUCAUGCAGCUGGAUUUUGAGAUGGAGAACUUCACGAGCCAGUCGGUGACGCGUCGCAUCAUGUGGCACAUCGACUACCGGGGCCGCAACCCCCCGCCCGACCUGGAGAAGGUGGUCACGGAGCUGACGGUCAUCCAGAGGGACAUCAGGGCCAUCGUGCCCCUGGCCAUGGACACAGAGAUCAUCAACACAGCCAUCCUGACGGGGCGCACGGUGGCCAUUCCCGUCAAGGUCAUUGCCAUCGAGCUGAGCGGCGUCAUCGUGGAUGUCUCGGCCAUGGUGGAGUGCAAGUCCAACAACGAGGACAUCAUCAAGGUUUCCAGCAGCUGCGACUACGUCUUCGUCAGCGGGAAGGAGUCGCGGGGCUCCAUGAGCGCCCGGGUCACCUUCACCUACGAGCACCUGUCGGCCCCGCUGGAGAUGACGGUGUGGGUGCCCAAACUGCCCCUGCACAUCGAGCUCUCGGAUGCCCGGCUGAGCCAGGUCAAGGGCUGGAGGGUGCCCAUCCUGCCGGACAGGAGGUCGGUGCGGGACAGCGAGCACGAGGAGGACGAGGAUGAGCGUAAGCAGAGCCGGGGCUGUGCCCUGCAGUACCAGCACUCCACGCUGCAGGUCUUCACCCAGUUCCACACCACGGCGGCCGAGGGCACGGGCCAGGUGGUCACCAUGCUGGGGCCGGACUGGCUGGUGGAGGUCACCGACCUGGUCAGUGACUUCAUGCGUGUGGACGACCCACGGGUGGCCCACAUGGUGGACAGCUCCACACUGGCCGGGCGGGAGCCAGGCACCACCCUCUUCAAGGUGGUGUCCCCACUGGUGGAGGCGGUGCUGGGCGAGACGCUGGUGACGGUGGCGGAGGAGAAGGUCAGCAUCACGGACCUGAAGGCCCAGGUGGUCUCCAGCCUCUCGCUGUCCCUCCACCCCAGCCCUGGCAACAGCCACACCAUCAUCGCCCGCACCUCUGUGCAGCAAACCCUGAGCUUCUUCAAGCAGGAAGCGCUGCUGAGCCUGUGGAUUUCCUACAGCGACGGCACCACGGCCCCCCUGUCCCUCUACGACCCCAAGGACUACAACCUGGUGGUGAGCAGCCUGGACGAGAAGGUGGUGUCGGUGACCCAGGACCGGGCGUUCCCCUUGGUGGUGGCGGAGAGCGAGGGCGCGGGGGAGCUGCUGCGGGCGGAGCUGGUCAUCUGCGAGAGCUGCCAGAAGACCAAGCGCAAGAGCGUCCUCGUCACGGCCUUGGCCACCGUGCGCGUCCACUUCGGGUCCGAGGAGGACCCCACCUACGACUACGACCACGUGUCCAGCCGGCCGGGGCUGGGGGAGGCCGGGGCGAGCACCACCCUGCGGGCAGAGGUGGACAGGAAAGCGGACCCGAGCGAGGACAGCCGGAUGUCCAGCGCGUCUCACCCCACCGAGGACUUCCCCACCAUCCCCACCGGCUUCGUGCAGGUGACGCGGGGGCUGACGGACCUGGAGAUCGGGAUGUACGCCCUGCUGGGCGUCUUCUGCCUGGCCAUCUUGGUCUUCCUCAUCAACUGCAUCGUCUUUGUGCUGAAGUACCGGCACAAGCGCAUCCCGCCGGAAGGCCAGACCAACAUGGACCAUUCCCACCACUGGGUCUUCCUGGGCAACGGGCAGCCCUUGCGGGCUCACAAUGACCUCUCCCCGCAGCCCGAGAGCCCGGGGAACCCGCUGGAAAACGUGCAGACCUGCUGCCACGGGGACCACCACAGCAGCGGGAGCUCGCAGACCAGCGUGCAGAGCCAGGUGCACGGGCGCGGGGACGGCUCCUCGGGGGGCUCCACGCGGGACCAGAGCGAGGACCCGCUCAACUCACCCACCUCCAAACGGAAGCGGGUGAAGUUCACCACGUUCGCCACCAUGCCCUCGGACGAGCUGGCCUACAACUCCAUCCCCAUCGCCGACGAGGAGGACUUGGAAUGGGUGUGCCAGGACAUGGGGCUGCAGGACCCCGAGGAGCUCCACAACUACAUCCGCAGGAUCAAGGAGAUCGCUUAACGCAGGGGCAGCGGGGAC